AUGAGCCAUGGAUCACAAAUGCCGGGACAGUUGAACGAUGAGGAUUAUGACCUCACCCAGAUCCCAGAGGAGGUUGGCCCACUUCAGUCACUGAGUCCGAGACCGCCCCCCAACACUCAAUGGAAGGCAUCGUCGCGCAUAGUAGAUGAAUCCCUUGCUCAGGGGCUGUCCAAUGAAGACCUAUGGAUGUUGAUCCGACGGUUUAACAAGCAAAUCUACCACGUGAAAGCUGUUCAUGAUACCGCUUCUCUGAACUUGGAUCUCAACCGCACUGAAAAUGAGCAGUUUCCGCCUGAAAAGCUGCGCAUGACGCUUGAGAGAUUUUAUAUCUCGGUGGUUGUCGGAGUGACCGAGUUUUUUCGCCAUAUCACUCGCCUGCGAUCAUGGAAGGAACGAAGGAGGACAACAGUAUUUUGCGCAGGCUAUUUCGUUGCUUGGGCCGUGGAUCUCUUGGUUCCAACUAUUUCCGGUCUUAUCGUAGCCUUGAUAAUGGUUCCGUCUGUUCGGCUAUUACUAUUCCCUGGCUUGGCAAAGAAAGAAGGCUCAGAUAGAAGCAGUUCUAAGGAAGGAGCAGUUCAAUCUGAGGAUAGCCUCACGGGUGCUCCAGAAAACUACAAGGGUGAAGCUGCUGAACAAGAAGCCAAGAAUCUGGUUGACAGUUUCGCGACUGUUGCUAUGGAAAGUGCAGCGGCGAGAUAUGGUCAAACAGUUGCAGAGGAGCCCUCGGACAAACCUGCGCUCAUUCAAAGCUUAGAAGCUGUCGAGGCUGCAGCAGGAACCCCGACCGGCGAUGCUACUGAAGAUAAGACCAAGAAGCCUAUGAGAAAGAAGGUAGCACAUGCGACUGAUAAUGUUAUGCGUAUUCUGAGCGAUAUUACUGAUAUCUAUGAGAAAUUUGCCAACAUCCUUUCCCCAACACCUCCGUUCUUUUUGGUUACCUCUAGACUCCGCCUUGCAAGCAUUUUUACGCUGGUGUCUGUUAUUGUACCUUUCACAUCUAGUUAUUGGAUCAUCAAGCUCGUUGGCUUCUCAAUUGGACUGGGCUUCUUCGGGGACCCAAUCUUCACCUACACGCUUGAUCUGCUAAACACGAAAGUACCCAACUGGAAAGAUCAUCUCGAUUUGCAGAAGACUCUAUUGGCUGGCGUUCCCAACAACGCGCAGCUCACUUUGACCCUGCUCCGAAUUGGCGAGAUCAAUUCUUCGCCACUACCACCCGCACCCUCCGCCGAUGACGGCGAGCUUGUAUGGCCCCUGCGCCGCAAAAAGUCACAGGCAGCGAGCUCUACAGAUCUCACUACGCAGGGAUCAUCUGUGAGCCUCCAGUCCACGAACUCCACCACCUCGCUUCCGGAAACAAAGGUGCCGAAAAGAAGAUUUGUGUUCAAGCUCCUCAAGUUCUUCCGCCGGACAAUUUCCACGGCAAUCAAGGGUCAUAUGGCCUUUGACCGAGCGAUGGCCAUUGCAGGGUCAGCGCAUACUAAGAAUCUGCUUGGGAUGCUGCAAAAUGGACACUUUUCCGCAGCCGCCACGCCGUUCGGGCCCUUGAAGUUCGAUGCCAAGUUCGAGCGCAAGAGAGGCGCGGCAGUGAUUGACUCGUCAAAGGAGCCCCCUAUCUUGUAUUUCACCACCUAUGCUUCUGCUGGACUGGAUGACCUACGCAUCGAAAGUAGGAAGAAGGGUUCUGUUCUGUUCCAGAUUCCUGUUACCGAAAUCAAGGAGCUGAAGAAGACGGAGGGACUCGGAUGGAAGGGGAAACUGAUUGUCGAACUGACAGCUGGGAGCAAGGAGGCGGCAGAUGGACUGGUUAUUAGUGGUGAUGAGAUUGGCCAGUCUUACCAUCUCACUGGUAUGAGAUCGCGGAAUCAACUGUUCAAUCGGUUGGUUGCUAUUGAUGCCCAGUUCUGGGAAAGUCGUUGA